UAAGUCAUUAAUUCAAAUUUUCUAAAACCAAAAAUAUCACAAAAUUUUAAGUUAAGAAAAAGCAAAAUAAAAAAACUAUAUACAUUUGUUUAGUUUAUGGAAAGGAACCUUUCUGAAGAAAGCAGUCCAGUCCACCUUCGUCUAAUACCUUUAACCAGUGAAAUCAAACUCGCUAUGAUGGAGUUUAGUAGCUCGAAUAUGGACAGCGUAGACAAAAAUUCAAAAUCCUUAAACGAUAUGGUGAGAGAGGAAGUUGAACAAAGUUUACAAAAUCUAGAAUCUAGCAUUGAAAACUGUGUGAAAAAGGAAGAACUAUCAGAGAUAAUCAAUCGAUGCAUUCAAGACAAUCUUGCACUUUGUCCUAGUGCACAAUUUAAUAAUGAGACUACCACACCAUCUCCUAAUCAAGUUACAAUAGAAUUUGAAGAGAACAAAUCAAGUGGCGAAGAUUUGGUGCUGAAAGAAAACUUUCAACUAUUGGAAAAACGAAUCAAUUUUCUGGAGUCCCGACUGACUGCACUCUUUCAAUUGAUUCCAAGAUUAAAAAAGGUUUCAACAAAUUUUAAAAUUGAUCGAGAAACACUUCAGAGAAGUAUUGAAAAAUGUCAAUUAUCAUCCGAUGAAACUAGCGGAGAUAAUUGUGAAAACACUUUAAAAAGUAGCACGAAAAAUACAAAAAACGUGGAUGUAAAUCCAUAUGACGAAAUGUAUUAUGAAUGGCGUCAAAAUAAAAUGAACUUGCUACACUACAAGCAUUCUGAAUAUAGCUUGCAACUGAAUUCGAAACUGGAAAUGGAAUCUUCUCACGGGAUUAUACCAAACAAUUCAUUACCAUCGGCAUUUAGUAAGCCGCAUGUCAAGGCAAAGUUUAUAGAUUCACAGCAUCUUUUGAUUUGAAAAACAAUAAACGUUUUGUAAAUAAUGAAUAAAUGCAAUAAAGAAUAGAAUUAAA